UUAGGAUCAUUCAGUGGAAGUGAUUUUAUUUUAUUUUUGUUGCAUUGCAUAUCCAUGUUCAGGCUCACCAGAUGAACAACCUGGAUCAUGGGAAAGUGGGUCAUGCUUGUCUUCAACGCUGGUAUGAUUGAAAACAUGGCUAACUCUUCUGUCUAUUUUUGGGAUGUAAGUUUGGGCUGUAUUCUUUUUCAUGCCGUGGCUUUUGCAUAGGUGGUUCUUUAAAUAAAAUUUUAGUUAUUCUUCAAAAAGAGAAAAAUGGCUAACUCGACCCAAGGAUUAUGUUCUAUUUUCUUCUUCCCCUUCUUUACUCAGAUUGAUCAGUAAAUGCAUGCAUGGAAAGUGAAGAUUUGAAUGUGCAAAGUUCGAGAGCUAGAAAUGGGAAUCAACAAUAAACAUGUUACCUGUAAACUGUUGUAUGUGAUGCAACAUCAAUUUCUUUAAUUGCAGUGUUCACCCUGCAAUAAAUCCCAAAUAAAAAAACUAUCUCCAGAUUCCCAGAAUGUGAAACAAUGACCAGCGAAGUGGUUUGGGGCAUCAUCAACAUUCUAGAUUUAUUAAGUGGACAAACUGCAUAGAAAAGACGAAAGCAAUCCUAUUCAUACCAGUAUAACGACGAAUUCUCCACACGAUUGGAAGCCGCCGAGCAGAUCUGCCGAAAUGGAUGCCGUUCAGGUUGAGCCUCAACCACCUCGUUUUCAACGCACGGAUCAGUGGAUGCCUGUCUAUUCCUGGCUAGAAUCGUUGGAGAAAAAUGAGGUAGUUAAACCUAAUGAGAUUAUUGACUGGCUAUCUGAGAACCCUGGAGUUAGGGAUCAGUUGCAUUCGAAACAUUCUCGUCAUCAUUUGAUGCAUUACAUCCAGAGAUGCCAUUUUAAGAUGUUGAGAAGACGAGAGAGACAGCGGAAGCGCAUGCAAGCAAUGCAACCCCCCACCACAAGUCCUGAAGUUAAGGCCCUCAAUAAUGGGGUAACAACAGCAGCAGUUCCCCUUCGAUGCAAAAUUUCAAGCACUUUAUUAAAAGAUAAUGAUAUGUCUUUAUCUAAAAAGAAUGAAGCUCUUCGUAGAUAUGAGCUUUUAACAGAUUUGCAGAGCCAGCUGAUAAGCCUCCUCUCAAAUCAUAAACAAGCAAACAACUCAAAGGAGUCUGUUUCACCACCCUCACUCAUGCAGAGAUCUACAGAAAAUGCCAAUAAUCAGUUAUCCGAUGGUGGUGUCAAGGAAGGAAAUAUCAGUGUUAUGUCUGGAGGUGCUUCUCAUUGCCAAGAGUCAAGUCUUGUGUCACCAUUAGAUUCGGGAAGCGGGAGAAAAAGAAAGAGGCAUGCAGCCGUAGUUACACCAGUAGGGUCGUAUUGUGAAGCAGCGGCUGGUGCAGGAAAUGGGUUUGAGCUGGAUGCAGGCUCACAUGGUGGUUAUGCAGGAAGGCAUCGAGAAAAGUGGAUUCCGUCUUCUGAAGAUAUGCUUUCUUUGCCAUUGGCUGGAAGUCACUUGGUUGACAAUUUCAGGAACCUGCUUUGGGGUUUGAAUGGGGAAGUCACUCAUCAUGGGUUCCUACAUGGUGUGCCUAUACAUCAGGCAUGGCUAUUGCACAACCCCUUCUCAAGAUAUGCAUGUCAAAUUAUGGUUUUCUAGUAUCAUAGUUCGACCUGAAGGAUGAAGUGAUCUCUCUUUUUGCUAAAGCGUUGUAGGACUCUGUCCUUCCCAGACUGGAAGCAUUAGCAUGAACGUCAACAACAAACAAAGCUGUACUUGAUAAUUUGCACAAAAGUCAUCAACCCUUUCCAAGUAUCGAUUUCCUAUGAUGGCAAGAGGGGACUGUCAAUCAUAUCUUCAUCCACUGCUCCUUGGCAAAAGAAAUAUGGAAUUACUACUUUGGUCCUUUUGGGAUUGAGUGGUAAUGGUUAUUGGCCUGGUUUGAUUAGGGUUAGGGUUCCUGUUCUCACCGUUAUGUCCAAGAACACUUAAAAAACAUGCAUACGUGUUCAAACUCA